AUGUCGCCCCCUAGUGGUCCGGCAUCCAGGAGCGGUACCAUCCUUCAGCAUCACACACUAGAAGGGGAUAACAGAAGGCGGCUGGGAGGAAGGAGAAGGUGCCAGACCAUCUUGGAGCUGUAAGCCAUGUCUCUGCCAUUCCGAAAAGACUUUGAAAAGUACAAGAAUAUAAAUGAGGAUGAAAUUCUUAGCAAACUAUCAGAGGAGGAAUUGAAACAGCUGGAGAAUGUCCUGGAGGAACUUGAUCCCGAGAAUGCCUUGUUACCUGCUGGAUUCCGACAGAAAGACCAGACAACGAAGGAAGCUUCCGGAGGAUUUGACAGAGAGCACCUACUGGAUUAUUUGCGCAAAGAAGCCAUGGAGCACCAAGACAGGGAGGACGUUGUACCUUUUACUGGUGAAAAGAAAGGUAAAGUGUUUGUUCCCAAGCAUAUGCCAAUGGAACGCCAGCCAGAGGACAGGGUGACCUUGGAGCCAGAACUGGAAGAAGCUCUUGCCAGUGCCACAGACACUGAGCUCAGCGACCUCGCUACUGUCCUCGGAGUGCAGCAUUUUGCAAGCAGAACAGAGGGUAAUGAAGAUGGACAAGAUGCAGUAGAGCUUAGAAAUGUUGUCAAAGCUGAAAAGGUAAAACCAGCAUUUGAUGAUCCCCCAAACCCAACAAAUGUAGAAGAGAGUUUGCAGAGGAUAAAAGCCAAUGAUCCGUUCCUCCUUGAUGUGAACCUAAAUAACAUUAAGAACAUCCCAAUACCAACACUUAAAGAAUUUGCAAAAUCUUUGGAGUCGAAUACCCAUGUGAAGUCUUUCAGCCUUGCAGCAACAAGAAGUAACGAUCCAGUAGCUAUAGCUUUUGCAGAUAUGCUGAAAGUGAAUAAAACACUGAGAAGCCUGAACGUGGAAACCAACUUUAUCACGGGAAGUGGAAUCCUGGCUCUUGUGGAAGCCCUGAAAGAGCAUAAGACCUUAACAGAGAUCAAAAUUGCCAAUCAGAGACAGCAGCUGGGGACUGCCGUGGAGAUGGAAAUUGCUCAGAUGCUCGAAGAGAACUCAGCAAUUCUGAAAUUUGGAUAUCAAUUUACACAGCAAGGUCCAAGGACCAGAGCCGCAGCCGCCAUUACAAAGAAUAAUGACUUAGUUCGUCAGAAACGAAUUGAAAGGGAGCAUCAAUAAGUGAAGAGAAGAUGAAGAUACAGAAGACAUCUCUGUUGAGAAUAAAGGGAAACACAGUUGUAAGCCGGUGACAGCUGCACUAUACAGCCAGUCUUAUUGGACUACUUUGCAUUGCUGAUUUUACAAGAUUCUGGUCUCAGCACUAUUAAGGGGGACAUUAAGGAAAAUAUUAUCCAAAUACCUGCACUUUUCACCAAUGCUGACCCAGUGUAGACUGUACAGACACCCUGUGACGUAAAAUGCAUGGUAGUUUGAUGUUUGGGUCACUUACUUGAUAUUAAUGUUGCCAAUCCUUAAGGUGCUGUCAUGUGACCAUUUUUGUUAUGUACAUAGAAUCACUAUCAUGCAUUUUCAUAUAUGUCAUCUAUAAGCUAUUGCAUUUUUUUUAUAUAUUUUUACAUUUGUUCAUUUUUUAGGAAAGCAGAAAUAUAACACAUUUGGAAAUACAGCAUUUCUUGUUCCUCCAGGGGGUAAAUUGACAGAGGCAGCCAAAUAAGAAUUAUUGGUGGCGAUUUACAAAAACUGGAGUACUCAGAAUCAGGUGCAGCUGUAGCUGUGCAUGGCAGCUUGUUCAAUUAAAGUGUUUGUAAAUCCUCAAUUAAAAAAAAAAAAAUUACAAACAUGCAGAGGCAUUGCUAUGGGGGUGCGGGCCGCACCGGAUAACACCCACCGCUAGACACUGUACUUCUGCUUGCAGAGCUGCAGCGGAGUGGUGUAACACUCCCCUGUAUUUAGCUGUCCCUCGGGGAUCUCCAAUGUCUCCGGAGGCAGUCGGAGUUGGUGGGCGGAGCUGGGGGUGUGGCUGUCUCUUCCACUCCUCCCACAGACUUGUUUACUCUGGCUGAUCCCACAGCUAAAGGAGAAAGAAACGAGGACACAGCAGCAUCUGCAGGCAUGCUGUAAGUAACUGCACUGCUGCAUGUCACUACAUAGAGUCCUAACCUGGCACCAUACCACCCCAGCCUACCCUAUGCCACCGCAACCUGCUCUAUACCACCCCAACCUACCCUAUGCCACCCCAACCU